AUGUGCGAUGAUGAACUACUAUUGAAAAACGAAGAGUGUUCAAGAAACACCAUACUUUUAAAGAAAUACAUUUUAUUAUGCAGAAGUAUUUUAAUUGAUGUGUUAAAACCAAAAGGAAUGCCUAAUUUGUCACAGCAUAUGUUGAAGAUAAGUGAUUUUUUGGACGAGAAUUUUUUGAAACUAUCUAAUUAUAUGGAUGAGGUUAAAUGCAAUAUUGUUGAACCAUUUGACUAUUUGUUAAUUGUGCCUGUGCUUGAUAAAUUUUUAACCUUUGCUUAUUUUCAGUGCUAUGUUUUCGAUAACAAAUCGGUGCAAAUCGAAAAUGAUAUUGUCAGGUGUUCUUUAAUAUUGAUUGGUAUAAGCGCAUGUUUUAUUAAUAUGUGUUUAAAAUACGAACAAAAUCAUAUCAAACCUGUUGUAUGUGAGGCUAAAUCAAAUAUAGUUUUGGGUGAGGGUUUGAAAAGUAUUGCGGGUAUGAGGUCAAAACUUCUCCUUUUCCAUUUACUUAGGAGAUGUGAGCAUGAUAGAUUGGAUUCAUACAAAAUGGCAAAUGUUACUGAUUUGCAUGUACAACAAGAAAUUGAUAGUUUUGAGCUUGCUACAAUAACGUGUAAAACAACAAAAGAAUUGUCGACGAGAACCAUAUUCAAUUUGUUUUGCUCCGCUUCUGAAAAGUUAUUGAAAUAUGAGAUCAGUACUUUACAACAAUUAACUACCAUGCAUAUACACUUUACGUAUCAAAUUAUUUUGGAGAAAAUCGUUGUAACUUUUUUGGUAACAAAUUAUAGAUAUUUAACGUUACUAAACAAUCAUAAUAACAGUUUAACCACAUUUGCUUUUAAUAUAGCUAAAAAUGAUAAAAAAAUUAACAUUUUAAGUGAUGGAGCUGGAUAUUCUGAAGAAGCGGGUCAAACAAUUGUAGACACUAAUGAUAAUAAAGUAUCGCCAACAUUGCCGUUCUCACAUAUUUCUAAUGACACUGUAUUUGAUGAACAAUUCUAUCAAUAUUUCAACUGUUCUGAAACUGAAUUUUUUGAUUUAUUAAACAGCGAUCUAAAAGGCAUACUUCCGGAGUAA